AUGAAGCAUAGCUCGCAGUCGCAGCCAACCAAAGAAACGCCGGCGACCGGCCGGCGGCGGGGCACCAUGAUCACGAUGGCGUCCCUGUCCCCUCGAGCUACAACUACAACCACGCGCGCCGCCGUCGAGCCCACCACCGCCCACAGUGCCUUCCCGGAGCCACGGCUCUCCUAUUCAUCCCCGUCCGCCGCCACCCCUUCGCGCGCCAGCGACGACUCGUGCGUGGUCAACGACGUCGACGCCUUCGCGCGCACCAUCGCCGCCAUCCGUUCCAAGCCGCCCGCGGCGGCCGCCGCCUCCGGGUCCGGGAGCAGCAGCAGCCUCGCCUCCGUGCUGUCGCACUACGCAGCGCGGUGGCUCCCGGACGCCGCGUCGUCCCCGUCCGGCCGCUUCCUCCUCCCGCCGGAGAGCCCCACCGCCGCGUGGCUCAAGAAGCGGCUCCUCCUCGAGUCCCUCGUGGCCGCGCUCCCGCCCGACGACGACGGCGACGGCGACGGCGGCGACAAGGACGGCGGCGGCAAGAGCGACGGCAUCACGUGCGACUUCCUGCUCCGGCUGCUCCGCGCGGGGAGCACGGUGGGCGCGGACGCGGCGCUGCUCGGGGACCUGGAGGCCCGCGCGGCGCGGCGGCUGGACCAGGCCUCCCUGGGCGCCGUGAUGAUCCCGGCGUUCGGCGGGCUGCCGGCGCGCGGCGCGCCGGCGACGCUGCUGGACGUGCCGCUCGUGCUCCGCCUCGUGCGCGGGUUCCUGCGGGAGGGCCGCCGCGCCAAGGCCGGCGGCGCGGGCGCGGCCGCGGCCAGGGUGGCCAGGCUCGUCGACGCGUACCUGGCGGAGGCCGCGCUGGAGGCCGGGCUCCGGCCGGCCGAGUUCGAGGAGCUGGCGCGCGCGGUGCCGGCGCACGCCCGCGCGGCCGACGACGGGCUGUACCGCGCCGUCGACACCUACCUCAAGGCACACCCACGCGCGACCAAGGAGGAGCGGCGGUCGCUGUGCCGGCUGAUCGACGCGCGCAAGCUGUCGGCGGAGGCGGCCGCGCACGCCGUGCAGAACGACCGCCUGCCGGUGCGCUGCCUCGUGCAGGUGCUCUUCCUAUCGUCGUCGUCGGAGCACAGCAGCAAGCUCAUCGCCGGCCACCACCGCCUCACCGAGUGGACCGGCGGCUCCUUCCGCGACCCACAACAGAUCAUCAGCAGGAGCCCCGCCGCCGCCGCCGCCGCUUCCCUCGACCUCCCCGCCUACAGCGCUGCCGUCGCCGCCGGUGGCAGCGCGCGGUGCCCGUCCAAGCGCGAGGCCGCCGUCGCGGCGGCGGCGCAGCACCACGAGCUGCGCCGCCUCCGCGAGGACGUCGCGCGCCUCCAGGUGCAGUGCCAGGUGCUGCAGGCGCAGGUGGACCGGCUGGGCUCGGAGAGCGGCCGGCGGGGGCGGGGGCGGGGGCUGUUCAGGUGGGGCGCCGCGUUCCUGUUCGGCGGCGGCGCACCGGGCACGGGCGCCGGCGCGACGUCGAGGGUGGACGACUCCGACAGCGGCGGCGUGGACAGGACGCCGCUCAGCGAAGGGAAGCUGCAGGGCCGAGGCACGCCGACGGUGUCAACAAGGUGGCGCAGGUCUCACUCGUGAAGCCUGCCAACAUCGUCGACGUGUACCCAUCGUUUUUUUUAAGCAACUGAAAGUGUACUGUUCAUUUUAUUGUUGGUUUGCUCAUGUGUUCCUUGAAAUCGUCCACGAUCCACACGACGACCACGAGCUGACGAGCCUGUGCCCUUUGCCCUGGGCAUGAUGGUGUCUGCCCCGCAUAUUAUCUAGUACACUGAUUGUGAUUGGUUAACUAUUGCUGCUUGUUUCUUGUUGUGUUUGAAGUAAUAUAAAGCGUCUUUGUCUGGAUUGCCACACUGGUCUGUUCUCUUGCCUUUUUCCCUUUUCAACGGUAAUAAGACGUGUGCUUUUUUAUCAAGAGAUCU